AUGGCUGGGGGCUCUGCUAUCAACGUUUUCAAGUUCAACACGGGCGGACUGCCCAAGGAGACCCUCAAUUUCAAGCUCUGGUUCGCCGUCUUUGCCUUUGGUCUGCUCGGUGCCGCCCGUGGUGUCGAUGAGGGUCUCAUCACCGGCGUCUUCAACUCGCACGCUUUCAAGCAGUCACUCGGCAUUGAUGACCUCGACGAGGGUGCGCUUGCCAGCGUCAAGGGCACCAUUUCAUCCAUGGUCCAGCUGGGAAGCGUCGCCGGUGCUCUAUUCGCCUUUCUAGUCUGCGAUCGUAUUGGCCGUGUCUGGGCGACUCGCCAGCUCUGCUGUCUCUGGAUCAUCGGUAUUGGCAUCUUUAUUGGGAACAACGGCAACAUGGGCGCCGUCUACGCGGGUCGCUUCGUUGCUGGUCUUGGGAUAGGGCAGACCUGUGUCGUCGGGCCCAUCUAUCUCUCUGAAAUUUCCCCUGCCCCCAUUCGAGGUCUCUGCACGUGUAUGUUCACUGGUGCUGUAUACCUUGGUAUUAUGCUUGCGUACUUUGCCAACUGGGGCGCUGAGCUUCACAUGGCAGACACUUUCAACCGUUGGGCUGUCCCCACGUCGCUGCACCUCAUGUUCGCCGGAAUCACCCUGCUCCUCACCUUCCUGCAGCUCGAGUCCCCUCGUUACUAUAUCAAGCGAGGCCGGCGUGAGAAGGCCCUGGAAGUUCUGUGCAAGUUCCGUGGCCUGCCCGCCGACCACCCAUAUGUCCUUAACGAGAUAUCUGAAAUGGAUGUUUCCUUCCAGGAGGAGAUGGAAGCCACUGCUGGCAUGGGCUGGAUGGGCUUGUUCAAAGAGAUCUUCGCCAUCAAGCAAAACUCCUAUCGGCUGUUCCUCACGAAUCUGGCCCAGAACAUGGCUUGCUGGUCCGGUGGCUCUGCCAUCACUGUCUACGCCCCCGACCUGUUCACGCUGGUGGGUAUCACCGGCCAGGAGCAGUCGCUUUUCUCUACCGUCGUCUUUGGGGUCGUUAAGCUGGUCGCCGCUCUCAUUUGCGCGCUCUUCCUGAUCGAUAUGGCCGGUCGUAAACGUGCCCUUAUCAUCGGUAUUGCACUGCAGACUGUUGCCAUGUUCUACAUUGCCAUCUUCCUCAACAUCAUCCCCAUUGCAAACAACCCCGACUUUGUGCCCAACGAGACGCAAAGCCGGGCCUCAACCGCCGCCAUCGCCUUCAUCUAUCUCUCUGGCGUAGGGUGGGCCCUUGGAUGGAACAGCGGUCAGUAUCUGCUGUCCUCCGAGCUGUUUCCUCUUCGCAUCCGUGGUAUCUGCUCAUCCAUCACGAUGGCCAUGCACUUUAUCUGCCAGUACGCCGUCAACCGUGCCCUGCCAGAGAUGCUGCUCGUCGAUGGUGGCCUUGGCCCUCAUGGAACCUUUUACUUCUUUGGUGUCGUUUCCAUUCUUGGUGCUGUCUGGGUUUGGUUAUUUGUGCCCGAAGCAGCCGGUCGCAGCCUCGAGACUAUCGACAAGAUGUUCACGCUGCCCUGGUACAAGAUCGGUCUGUACGGACGCAAGUUCGCCGAGGAGUACGAUCGCGAGCAGGAGGAGCUGUAUCGCAACGAGAAGACCAGUGCUGGCCCUGCUGUCUCCCACAACGAGACGGCUUAG